AAGAGGAAAAAACUGGAGGAGGAAGAAGAAGAGGAGGAGGAGGAGGAAGCGGAAGAGGAAGCGGAAAGGAGCCUGUCGUGGACCUGGUCCUUUCCUUUCAUUCAUAGGCAGUGCCUGCGGCAUGGUCCCCUCCUCCGAGUGAAUGGAGGGAAGGAGGGAGGGAGGGAAGGAAGGAAAGGAAGAGAAGGAGGAGUGAUAAAGGAACAGAGGCUGGGGAAAAGAGAGUGAAGCCCACAGGAGAGGGAGAGGGAGAGGAAGGCAGGAGGGGUGUCGAGGCAGCAGCUGAGAAACUGUCUUCUUGUUGCUGUUGCUGGGAAGGAGGAGAAGGAGGAGGAGGCGCCGGAGCGGCCAUGUCCUCCCCGCAGCAGCAGCAGCAGGGCUUCUACCGCCAGGAGCUGACCAAGACCCUCUGGGAGGUCAGGGAGCGCUACCGGGAGCUCCAGGCGGUGGGCUCCGGAGCCUACGGGGCCGUUUGCUCAGCUACUGACAGGAAAAGCGGAACUAAAGUGGCUAUCAAGAAGUUGUAUCGUCCAUUUCAAUCAGAGCUUUUUGCCAAACGAGCCUACCGGGAAUUGCGGCUCCUCAAACACAUGAAGCAUGAAAAUGUAAUUGGAUUACUGGAUGUCUUCACGCCAGAUGAAUCAUUGGAUAAAUUUAAUGAUUUCUACCUUGUCAUGCCAUUUAUGGGAACAGACUUGAGUAAAAUAAUGAAGCAUGAUAAACUAACUGAAGAUAGAAUCCAGUUCCUAGUCUAUCAAAUGUUAAAGGGCCUAAAGUAUAUCCACUCUUCAGGCAUAAUUCAUCGGGACCUGAAACCUGGAAAUCUAGCAGUAAAUGAAGACUGUGAAUUGAAGAUUUUGGAUUUUGGCCUAGCAAGACAUACAGAUAGUGAGAUGACUGGUUAUGUGGUUACCAGGUGGUACAGAGCCCCAGAGGUUAUACUUAAUUGGAUGCAUUAUACACAAACAGUUGACAUCUGGUCAGUAGGUUGUAUAAUGGCUGAGAUGAUAACAGGAAGGCCACUCUUCAAAGGCAACGAUCAUUUGGACCAACUCACAGAAAUUAUGAAAGUUACAGGCACACCAACUCAAGAUUUUGUUCAGAAACUACAGAGCCAAGAUGCAAAAAAUUACAUCAAAAGCCUUCCAAAAGUGCAGAAAAAAGACUUUGCUGCCAUCUUGAAGUAUGCAAAUCCUUUAGCAGUAAACCUUAUGGAGAAGAUGUUGGUAUUAGAUGCAGAGAAGAGAAUAUCAGCUGCAGAAGCUUUAGCACAUCCUUAUUUUGAAGCUAUUCAUGAUCCAGAAGAGGAAACUGAAGCUGAGAAAUACGACGACACUUUUGAUAAUAUGGAUCUGCCCCUGGAUGAAUGGAAAUGUAUCACAUAUAAAGAGGUGAUAAACUUUAAGCCUCCACCAUUGCCAGAAUCAAAAGAAACAGCAGUGUGACCAUAAGGACCAUUUCUUUCUCAGAAAUCAAGUGAACGAAGGAGAAUGUAAAGUUUUAUAUAUGUAUAUAAUUUAACUGUACAAACAUUUUAUAAAUAAAUUAGAUGUAACCUGUUUUA